AUGGGCUGCACACCGAAAGCGGGAGCAGCGGUGGUUUACAUCUUCCCCGCGUUAUAUGGCACCCUAAUGAUCGUCGCCGGGGCGUUGGAGCUACAACAGCAUCAGAUUUUCGGCUCCGUUUGUAUCACUUUCGGCGUUGUGUAUGUUUUGACAUCUGUUGUUGGUGAACUUGGGGUAUGUUGUCUCAAUGAGGCUGCGAUUCGGGCCACAGUUGUUCUGGUCGUACUAGAGAAUAUUAUUGCGUUCAUACUUGCCACUUUUUUUCUCGUGGAUGUUGUCCGAGCACAUCCCGUGGUGAAAGAACAUCACUCAUCGCCUGUUUUAUCUUUCCUCGCCACUCACGACUCGGUGAGCAUCUAUAUUUGCGUAUUCCUCUACAUCGGCGCCAUCGCAACUUCCUGUUGCAUUGGUUUUGUGUCUGAGUACCAGGCUCAGCUUGAUGCAGAACUCCUUCUGCAGGAAGCUAGGCUGCUCCAGGAGAGUGAGCGGGCAGCACUCCUUCGCGCCUCGGAGAGGCUGGUUUCCCGAACGCUGGGAACUUUGGAGCAGACACCUGAUGCAAUAGCCACUGAACGCCUCGAUGGAGUUAACGAAGACGCGUUCGUCCACCAGUUCAGUACCGCUCAACUUGCCCCGGCAGCGUGCAACGUAAUAAAGCAAGAUGGACAAUUUCAGCGGGGCUUUAUGCAGCAAUGUGCCGCCAAACCAGACAGGAACUGA